AGGAGUCCUAAUAAAUUCGUCACGAGCUGAAAUAUGCAUUGUAACAAAGACGACGCGUUGAAAUGCCUGAAGAUCGGCAAGGACGCGAUGGAGACAGGGCACCGAUCUCGCGCUUUGAAGUUUCUGGAGAAACCUCGUCGUCUCGAUCCGUCUCUCCCGAUCGAUGAUCUCGUCUCAGAUCUGAAUAACCAGGCGGAGGAGGAGGAGGAGGAUUCGUCUCGAUCCGCCUCCGCUAACGUAUCGCCUGAUCCGUCAGAUCAGCCUUCUCUUCGUCAACGUCCAUCAUCAUCAUCCACGACUGAAGAACAACGAGCGAUCGUGAGGGAGAUCAAAUCGAAGGAGGCCUACUACGAGAUUCUCGGAUUGAGAAACACGUGUUCAGUCGAAGAUGUGAGGAAGGCGUAUCGGAAACUCUCAUUGAAGAUUCAUCCCGACAGGAACAAGGCGCAUGGUUCAGAAGAAGCGUUCAAAUCCAUCUCCAAGGCGUUCCAGUGCCUAAGCAACGAAGACGCUAGGCGGAUGUACGACGUCGUUGGCUGCUCCUAUGAUGAGCCGGCUUAUCUACCAAGGAGACAACAACACGACGACGAAUUCUCCGGAAUGGCUAAUCAAGGCUCUGAUGAUAUACCUCGUGUGGUGGUGAUCCUCCUCCUGAUGCUUCCGGUCGUGUUGUUCUUACUCGCUAUCUGCAACGCAGCAGUACGAGCACAAGUUCACCAUGCAUAG